AUGAGAGAAAAUAGAUUGGAAUGGUUUUGGCAUAUCACGAGGAGAGAGAACUUAGAAGCAGUAAGCAUUAAAAUGAAAAUAGCCGUAGAAGAAAAAAAAGGGAGAGAAAGAUCAAAAAAUAGAUGGUUGGAUACGGUUGAGAAUGGUAUGAGAACGAUGGGUGUAUGUGAAAACGAAGUAGGAGAUCGGGUCAAGUGGCAGUUUAUGAUGAAGGUUAUCAGGGGCAGUCAAAUGCGGGGCUGA